AAGCGGGGCGGCCGUCGCCCCAAAGACGAUAGUGAUUAAGUGAUUCUAGGAUAUGGUUCAGCGGCGCAUUAUAGUUUACUGGUUCUGGUUCUUCUUUCGUCGUUAGUAUAUCUGUGAACGAUCUGAUGGGCUAUUCUCUAGACCGGAAUGGAGAAGGGGCGUAUAAUAUAUUUUUCAAGGCGUUGCGGUGGUGGGCAUGGAUGGGCUUGCAUCUCGCGACGUGAAUAGGUACUUUUUUUUAUUGGCUUUCUCUAUCUUUGUUCUUUCUGUCUUCUCUUACGUUUUCUGUUCUAUUCUCUCACCUCGUGGGGUCGGUUAUUUGGACAAUCUCUUCGGGGUCUCUGUUUCUUACGUUCCGGUUGCUGCGGUCAUCUCAUCAACAGCAAUGAUGUGGCUCUGUAUUUGUAGGUUUGAUUCGGGGGGAAUUCGUACGGGGUCGUGGGAAGCUGACUGGUGCGUCUGGCAUGCCAGAGACAAUAUCAAUCAUGUACAGCAAGCCAGCUUGAAUGCCUGUGUGACCUGAUGUAGUGCAUGCUGUGUUCCAGGUUGGCGUGAGUUGAGCAUGCUUCCGACUUGCAAAUACGACGAACAAUCCAUGCC